GGGGCCGGCGGCGGGAUGGGGUCGCGCAGGGACCCCGGCCACGGCUGGGGCGCGGGCUGGCGCUCCGGGGCGGGCGGCGACGGCGAGGACGACGGGCCGGUGUGGAUCCCCAGCCCGGCCAGCCGCAGCUACCUGCUCAGCGUGAGGCCCGAGACCAGCUUAUCAAGCAACCGGUUGUCUCACCCCAGCUCUGGAAGGAGCACCUUCUGCUCCAUCAUCGCGCAGCUAACAGAGGAGACCCAGCCGCUGUUCGAGACCACGCUCAAGUCCCGGGCUGUGUCCGAGGACAGCGACGUCAGGUUCACCUGCAUCGUCACAGGAUACCCAGAGCCGGAGGUGACCUGGUACAAGGAUGAUGUCCAGCUAGACCGCUACUGUGGCUUGCCGAAAUACGAGAUCAUGCAUCAGGGCAACCGUCACACGCUGCAGCUCUACAGGUGUCAGGAGGAAGAUGCGGCCAUCUACCAGGCGUCUGCCCGGAACACCAAGGGCAUCGUGUCCUGCUCGGGGGUCCUGGAGGUGGGCACCAUGACCGAGUACAAGAUCCACCAGCGCUGGUUCGCCAAGCUGAAGCGCAAGGCUGCGGCAAAGUUGCGGGAGAUCGAGCAGAGCUGGAAGCCCAGGAAGGAGGUGGCGGGAGAUGCCGACACCCUGCGGAAGCUCAGCCCCGACCGCUUCCAGCGGAAGCGGCGGCUGAGCGGGGCUGAGGUGCCUGCGCCCCCGGGCCCGACCGAGGAGGCUGAGGACGGGACCCCGGCGGCGUGGCAGGUGGAAGAGACCGAGCCUGGUGGGCACCCCGGUUUGGGGCUGAUCAACAGCUUUGUGCCCGGAGAGGUGACCACCAACGGGGAGGCUGUCCCGGAGAACGGGGAGGAUGGGGAGCACGGCCUGUUGACGUACAUCUAUGAGGCCAUGGAGCUGGCGCCUCAAAGAGCCCCCCAGAAGGAGUCUGGGGCCAAGAAGAAAAAGAAAGACGAGGAACCUAAGCAAGGUCUGCGGAAGCCAGAGUUAGAGAAGGCAGCUCGAAGCCACCGUUCUUCUGAAAACCGUGCCCCGAGUUCAGACAAGCCUGAGCCCCCGGGGACACAGGGGCCCGUGAAUGUGGAGCAGGUAGAGACCCGGCCCGGAGGCAGGGCUGCACGGGGGCCUGCGUCCUCGGGAGUGGAUGGCCCCAGGAAGCCAGGCGCGGCUGUGGGCACUCCGGACCGGGCCCAGAAGGCCCCCGCCCCAGGUGCAGACCGGGAAGCGUAUUUCUCCCUGAAGGACAUGUAUCUGGAGAGCACCCGGGGGGGCAGGCCUCAGGGGAAGGAGGGGCCCCAGACCCCAAGUGGCCGGGCGCCCGGAGAGACGUCCUCGGGGAAGGUACCCAGCGAGGCCGGGGGUGAAAGGGGGCCUGCUGCCCCUGGCCAGCCCCCAUCCUCAGCCCCCCAGCCGGCUAGGCCUUUCAACAGGAGGAGAUUUGCUCCGCCAAAGCCCAAAGAGGAGCCUGCCACCGACAGCAUGCCCGAUUCCUCGCUGGGCCAGGCUCCAGAGCCCUUAGGCAAGGCCUCACCUCAGGCCUCUGCCCAAGUGCCCACACCCCCUGCCCGGCGGAGACACGGCACCCGGGACAGCCCCCUGCAGGGGCGAGGAGGCCACAGGACUCCAGGAGAGGUCCCGGAAUCCCAGGCAAACCCGGCUCCUACCAUGCUGGCCAGUAACAGCGCCAGUACGGUCUCCUCCAGAAGCCAGGGCGUCAUCGAGCCCAUGGACACAGAGACCCGGGCGGAUCAGAGGAUGACAUCUGCUGACCAGCAAGCCGGAGGCAAGAAGAAUACAGAGGCGGACGGGAAGAGGCAGGUGGCUAGGAGGACCCAGGGAGACAGAACACAAACGACCCAGAGGACGCAGGCAGAUAGGGAGCCACAGGUGGACACUGAGCCACGAGACAGUGAGAGGACGGCGUCAGCCAGGAGUUCCCAGGAGGAUGUGGUGGCACAGGGAAGGGAAGGAACGCAGGUGGAAAGGACGCAGGCAGAUGAGAGGACGCAGGAAGAGAGAAGGAUCCAGGAAGACAAGGGGACACGGUCAGAGGGGAGCAUGUCCGCAGCCAUAAAAGGUCAGUCAGAGAAGGGAUCCGUGACCAGCCUCAGCCCACAGUCCAGAGCCCCUGAACGCCCACCUUCAGAGGGUCCGCAGUCUCCCCAGAUUAUUGAGUGUUUUGAACAGAUCCCAGAAGGGUCCUCUGUCCCAGAAGAACCUGGUCUUGUGCUCAGAUCUGAGGAGACGGCUGUGCCGGGUGCCCCAGCAGGCGGCCCCAAGCUCCCAGCACAGCAGCCUCCCCAGGGGGGUUUGGAGCAGCGGGGAGGGGUGAGAUGCCAAGGGCCUGAGUGGUCGGGCCCGGUCAAGGGCAAGCCAGAGGAUGGUCUCAUCCCGUGCCCCAAGGAGGAGCAGCCGGGGGCAGUGGAUGUGGGUGGCUGUCCUCUGGCUGGCAGGAGCCCAGAGGCGCCCACUCUGCCCUCUCUCCCGGGGCCGGGCCUGACCCAGAGCUCUCAGGAGGCACGGCCCAGCACUCCGACCUCUCAGCACAUAAGUGCCACUGCCUUCCCGCCCUCUGGGGACCAGGCCUUGCUGAGGUCAGCCCCGCCACUGCACCUGGGGCCAGGGACCCCCGCCCAGAGUCACCCACAAGCAACCGCGGCAGCCGACAGUGAGGGGGCCUGCGCCCAGGGGCCAGAUGUGGAGGGGAGGCCCCCAGGACCCCGCAGCUGCGACCCUGGCCUCAUAGACUCCCUGAAGAACUACUUGCUCCUGCUGCUGAAGCUAUCCAGCACAGAGACGGGGGGCGGGGGCGCAGAGUCCCAGGAGGGGGCUGCCAGCGGGGCUCCGGUGCCCUCACCCACUCUGGUCCCCAACGUGGAAGUGGCUGGUCUGAGCCCCAGGACGUCCAGACGCAUCCUGGAGCGCGUGGAGAACAACCAUCUCGUGCAGAGCGCACAGACCCUGCUGCUGAGCCCCUGCACCUCCCGCCGCCUCACCGGCCUCCUGGACCGCGAGGUGCAGGCCGGCCGCCAGGCCCUGGCCGCAGCCCGGGGCCCUGCGCCCAGCACCCUCACCGUCCCUGCCAUCGUGGUGGGCGAGGAGGAGGGCCCUGGGCUGGCCUCAGAAGGAUCCAGUGAGGGCGAGGGAGAGGUUUCCCUCGAGGGGCCUGGGCUCCUGGGGACGUCCCAGGAGAGCAGCAUGGGGGGGCCGCUGGGGGAGGCAGGUGGGCCCACGGCCUCUGGUCAGGGACCACUCUCAGCAGACAGAGGGGCCCAGGAAGCCUUCCGAGAGGAGGAGGCCCCAGGGGAGGCUCUGACAGGUCUCCCUGCAGCCACACCCGAGGAACUAGCUCUGGGGGCCCGGAGGAAGAGAUUUCUCCCCAAGGUCAGAGCGGUAGGAGAUGGGGAGGCGGCCAAACCUGAAGAAAGGGAGAGCCCCACAGUCUCCCCCCGGGGGCUCAGGAAGGGCCUCGCGCCCGGGUCCCCGGGGACUCCCGGGCGGGAGAAACGCUCCCCUACCCAGGGCAGGAAGGCAGGCAUGCUGGAGGUGCCGCGGCCCGAGGAGGCCAGCGGCCUGGACGCAGAGCUGGCCCCGGAGGAAGGCAAGCAGGACACCCCGGCCAAAGCCAGGAAAGCCAAAGAGCUGCUAAAAGCCCCACAGGUGAUCCGGAAGAUUCGGGUAGAGCAGUUUCCUGAUGCCUCCGGCAGCCUGAAGCUCUGGUGUCAGUUUUUCAACAUCCUGAGUGACUCCGUCUUGACUUGGGCCAAGGAUCAGCGCCCAGUGGGCGAGGUGGGCAGGAGUGCAGGGGAUGAGGGCCCGGCGGCCUUGGCCAUCGUGCAGGCGUCCCCCGUGGACUGCGGCGUGUACCGAUGCACCAUCCACAAUGAGCACGGCUCGGCCUCUACGGACUUCUGCCUCAGCCCCGAGGUGUUGUCAGGAUUUGUCUCCAGAGAAGAAGGCGAAGUUGGAGAGGAGAUUGAGAUGACCCCCAUGGUGUUUGCGAAGGGUCUGGCCGACUCGGGCUGCUGGGGGGACAAACUCUUUGGGCGCCUGGUGAGCGAGGAGCUACGAGGGGGUGGACACGGGUAUGGCCUUCGGAAGGCCUCCCAGGCCAAGGUCAUCUAUGGGCUGGAGCCCAUCUUCGAGUCAGGCCGCACGUGCAUCAUCAAGGUGUCCAGCCUGCUUGUGUUUGGGCCCAGCAGCGAGACUUCUCUCCUGGGCAGAAACUACGACGUCACCAUCCAGGGAUGCAAGAUCCAGAACAUGAGUCGGGAGUACUGCAAGAUCUUUGCGGCCGAAGCCCAGGCGGCACCCGGCUUUGGGGAGGUGCCCGAGAUCCUCCCACUGUAUCUCAUCUACCGGCCCGCAAACAAUAUCCCGUAUGCCACCCUGGAGGAGGAUCUGGGCAAGCCCCUGCAGCCCUACUGCUCGCGGGAAUGGGGCUGCGCCGCGGCUCCGGCCGCGGCUCCGGAGGCACCUAGCGGCUCUGAGGUCAGGCAGAAAUGCCAGACCUUCCAGCACUGGCUCUACCUGUGGACGAACGGCAGCUUCCUCGUCACGGAUCUGGCAGGGGUUGAUUGGAAGAUGACUGAUGUGCAGAUUGCUACCAAACUACGAGGAUACCAAGGCCUCAAGGAGAGCUGCUUCCCGGCCCUGCUGGACCAGUUUGCCUCUUCCCACCAGUGCAACACCUUCUGUGAGAUGCUGGGGCUAAAACCCCUCAAGGGCCCCGAGGCCGCCCACCCUCAAGCCAAGGCCAAAGGCUCCAAGAGUCCAUCUACUGGCAGGAAGGGUGCCCAGCUGAGUCCUCAGCCCCAGAGGAAAGGCCCCCCCAGUCCCCAGGGCACCCGGAAGAAUACUCCAAGCUCCAAGGCCACCCCUCAGGCCUCAGAGGCACUCACCGCCCAGUUAUUGGGACAGCCUCCCAUCCAAGAGGGCGGCCUCAAGGCCCAGGGCAUGCGGUAGCCCCCCACGGGAGGCUCGGGGCCUCCGCCCAGCAGCAGACCAACAAGGAAGCAGCUUGAACUGAUGGAGACUUGCCCAAUACGGAACUAACCAGGGAAGGUGCACCGGGGAGGCACCACUCGGGGGCCUCUCUGGGCAGCCUCUCCUCGAUCCGCUCCUCAGCAGACGGCUUUUGUGCGUGGCACCCAGUGGCCUCUCCUGGUGCCAGCGUCACCCGGGGCUCCCGGACCGCAGCCCCAAGUGUCUGGCGGCCCAGGCCCUUCUUGAAGUUUACACUGGCCACUGCCGGAGGCUCCCGAGUCCUCUGCAUGAGCUCCGCACCCAGCCCCCCGCCCUGCCGGACCCUGCGGUGAAUGUUGUACCCUGGGGGCACGCAGGCCAGCCUUUACCCUUCUCCUUUGCUUGGCCCCGAUCUGUCCUCGGGGCUCCAGACUGCCCCAGCCGUGUGUGGCCUGGUGACUCCCUUUCCAGCUACGUGGCUUCAUUCUUCCCAGCUUGCCCUACAACUAACCGGUCACUGAGCCCACGUGGGGCUCAGUGCCCUUCCAGAGCCUGUCGUGUUCCUGUGCCGUGGUCUUUGGUGACGUGUGUUCAUGCCCUUCCUUCUCCCAGCACGCAGACACUCACUCCCCUGGAUCCUCUGCUCCCGCACCCCGAUCUCCAUCCCCAGCUUUGAGCCCUGUCACAGCCCGCCCGUCCUGCCUCUGCUGCCUCCCUGCGCGUCCCCAUGCCCAGGGGCUCCACCAGCCAGAUUCCUCCCCAGCCUCUCCCAGACCCCUUGCCUGUGAGGCGAGAAGUGGCAUGAGGGUUGUGUCAUCGGCUGUGGCCAGAGGGAAGGUGUUGACUUGGAGGGACCUUGUGCUCCAUACGGAAAGGAGACGCAGUCACAGUGAAUUUCACAUCCCCUCUA